CAAAGUAUGGCCUUCGCGUUUGUGCCGCCUCUUUCCCGCCCCCAGCACCCCGCAGUCGUCGACCUCCUGGUGUGAUGGUGCCUACUGCUGCGGCAGGUCGUCGUGCGCUUGCGCCCCGCGUGGCGAUCCGCCACGUCCAGCAGCAAACACUGGCUCUGCGAAGGCUGCUGGCGCCGCUCGCCGUGGUGGACUACGCGACGGUUGUCGUGGAGGCUGCUGGCGAGCGGCCGCCUGCGCUGCCCCGCUUCUCGCCGGGCCUGGCCGACGGCUCCGCGGACGCCGUGCAGGUCGUGUCUUCGGCGAGCCCGCGCGCGCAUGGCCGCACCAGGUGUCCGCUGGGCUGCUGCGGUAGCUGGGCGCGCGGGCAGGCGAGUGCGCGGAGGCGCAGCAUCUCGAACAGGAUUGUGGCGGUGGUGCACAUCGGCCUUCAGCUCGUCUGCUUCCUCUGUGGGCUGCCCGGCGUCCGCGGGCUGGGCGCUGGCGGCUGCAGGUCUUCUCGUAUGUGCCGGCGCUGUGUGCUCUUCGUGCUGCGCGGCGUCUCCUCCAUCGCUGGGAGGUGGAGGCACGUCGACGCGGAGUUCGGCAUGGACUGCGCGCGCGUGGUGCACCACAGCAUCGGCUGCGCGCUCGAGCUGGGCACGGGCUACGGUAUGCUCUUCGUCGCGUGCCGGCGGGGGAUGUUCUUGGUGUGUGGCGUUGUUCCUUCCGUCUUCGCGGGCUUCUGGAGGUUUCUCCACGUGGCCGUGGUGUGCGGCAUGGAAUGCGCGCCCAUGCUGGUCAAGGGUAUCGGCACCGUCCUCAUGCUCCUGUGGGCCGCUGAAGCGGGAAAGUAGUUGGCCUGCUCGGCCUGCAUCGUCGGCAAUCUCAUAGUCUUUGGCGUCAGCGUCAUCAGCAUGGUGAUCCGCACGGGCUGGCACGGUCUACUGCUUGCCGUGGCGCUGGUUUGCUACGCCGUCGUGACGGCCUUUCGUGCCGUCCUCGUCCUGGCCCUGGCCAGGCUUCUGCUGUGCCGCCCUCGUCAUGCGGCAUGGCCAGCUGGCCUCCUGCCCUGGGCGGUGGCGGAGUUGCUGCGAGUGGGGGUCGCCUGCCUCCGCGUGGGCUGCUUCUGCGUCGGGUUCCCCCUGGUUUUUGAGUUUGAGCCUCAGCGGCGCGCUUGCCUGCCUGUGUCGCGGCGGCCGCACCGCGCCCCGCCCCCACCCACGAAGCGCAGAGCUGCAUCGGCAGCCGCGGAGACAGGAGCGUCCCGCUGCUCCCCAGGAGCGGCAGACCAGGCUUACUGGUGGCAGGGGGUCGGGG